AUCACGUUGUCACGUGAAGUCACAUGGAACUCGCAGUUUCGAAAAAGUAUUUUUACAUUCCUUUAUCGUUAUCCGUAUCCAAAUCUUAAACCAAAGUUUUCAGCCAUGACCACGAUGGAGGUUAAUAUGGAUAUAGUGCCCGAUAGCGAAGCAGCUACGCAGCCACAAGGCUCUCCUGUGGUAUCUACUGCACCUAACAAUUCUGUUAUUGGUGCUCUUGUUGGCAUUCAAACUGGUCGUGACGUUGAAAUCUCCAAUUCUUAUGAGUUAGAUUUUGAUACUAUCGAUGGGAAGGUCCAAAUUAAUCAUGAAUAUUUUAUAACGAAACAAGAACAAUUCCGUCAGGUUUUUCCACAAUUUGAUUUCCUAGGGUGGUACACUAUGGGUCCUAUUCCAACCGAAGCUGACAUCGAAAUUCAUAAGCAGAUGAUAGAGUUUAACGAAAGUCCUCUUUUCCUUCAAAUGAAUCCUUUUGAAAUGGUCACAUCAAAAAACCUCCCAAUUACUGUUUAUGAAUCGAUAAUUGAUAUAAUCGAUGGACAAGCUCACACUUUAUUCAUUAAGUCACAGUAUAAGAUUGAGACCGGCGAGGCUGAACGCAUCGCUGUCGAUCAUGUUGCACAUACAACUCUUGGAGAGGGAGGCGAAGGUUCUUCUCUUAUCGCGCAUUUGACUACUCAAAGGAACGCAAUCCAAAUGCUGCAUACUAGGAUAAAGCUGCUUCAUCAAUACCUCGAUCUGACGAAUAGUGAGAAAAUGCCAGUCGAUCACGAUAUUCUUCGUCAAAUUGCUGGUCUUUGUAAUCGCAUGCCAACUAUUGACAGUGCUGAUUUUAAGCAGGAAUUCCUCACGGAAUAUAACGAUGUUUUAUUGACGACAUAUUUGGCAACCAUAACUAAAGGCACGAAUUCUAUAAAUGAGCUUGUAGACAAAUUCAAUAUUGCAAACAGUACCAACAGACCUGGAGGACGAGGCCGUCACCAACAGCAUCAAG